GCCGCGCUCCGACGGCCACUCGGGGCGCACGGCGGCCGGCGCCUGGGGUGCCAGCAGCGAGGUACUUUCUCUCGAUUCGUAUCGCCAAACUGCACUCUCUUGUUUUCUUGCAAAAUGAAAGGAGACAACCAUGAAUGAGCCACUAGAUGAUUUUGCAAAUGCUUCUGAUUUCCCCAAUUAUGCAGCUGCUCUUGGAAAUUGCACUGAUGAAAAGAUCCCUCUCAAGACGCACUACCUCCCUGUUAUUUAUAGCAUAAUCUUCCUGGUGGGCUUUCCCGGGAACGCAAUAGCAAUUUCCACGUACAUCUUCAAGAUGCGGCCCUGGAGAAGCAGCACCAUCAUCAUGCUGAACCUGGCCUGCACGGACCUGCUGUACCUCACCAGCCUGCCUUUCCUGAUUCACUACUACGCCAGCGGAGAAAACUGGAUCUUUGGGGAUUUCAUGUGCAAGUUUAUCCGCUUCGGCUUCCACUUUAACCUGUAUAGCAGCAUCCUGUUUCUCACCUGUUUCAGCAUCUUCCGCUACUUUGUCAUUAUUCACCCGAUGAGCUGCUUUUCCAUCCAUAAAACUCGAUGGGCCGUGGUGGCCUGUGGGGUGGUGUGGAUCAUUUCACUGGUGGCCGUCAUUCCCAUAACCUUUCUGAUCACAUCAACCACCAGGACCAACAGAUCCGCCUGCCUUGACCUCACCAGUUCAGAUGACCUCACGACCAUCAAAUGGUACAAUCUAAUUUUGACCGCGACCACCUUCUGCCUCCCCUUGGUGAUCGUGACGCUUUGCUAUACGAUGAUUAUCUACACCCUAACACAAGGACCGCAGACGCACAGCUGCCUUAAGCAGAAAGCUCGAAGACUAGCCAUUUUGCUGCUCCUCGUGUUUUAUAUAUGCUUUCUGCCUUUCCAUAUCUUGAGGGUCAUUCGGAUUGAAUCUCGCCUGCUUUCCAUCAGCUGCUCCAUUGAGAAUCAGAUCCAUGAGGCGUACAUCGUUUCUAGACCACUGGCUGCCCUGAACACCUUUGGCAACCUGUUACUGUAUGUGGUGGUCAGCAACAAUUUCCAGCAGGCCGUCUGCUCGAUGGUGAGAUGCAAAGCAGGUGGGGACCUAGAGCAAGGAAAGAAAGUCAGUCACUCAAACAACCCUUGAAACGUUUCACAUACUCAGCCAAAAAAGAAAUGCUGGUAUUUUACCUGUAACUUCUAAGAAGUCCAGACUAUCUCCCUUGGUGGAACUCUUAGUACAUAUUGUGCACUCAGGUAAUGAUGUGCCAGAGCCAGGGCAGGGCUGCUGCGAGGUCUUUGCAACCUGUCUAUUGAGAUCCUCCCUUGGGUAGAUAUAAGAAUGGGAUACAUGCGUAUCAGUAAAGUAUUCAGGUGCAGAAUUGGAACUCUGGGAACUCAAGGCCCUCUGGGAGGAAAUCUAGUCUCACCAACUUUAUAUAUAUAAAUUUAUAAAAUUAUAUAUAUGUAUAUAUAUAUAUGUAUAUAUAUAUAUAUUAAUUGAUGUUCACCUACUUGCCGUAAAUCUCUCAGUUUUUAAUGCCACGACAAGAGAAAGCAAAUCUUUUCAU